AUGUGUCCACGAUCGUAUGAAGAAGGUCAUAACAAGAUAUGGCAUACUGUGAAGAAUGUACGCAACAUUUAUGCCCACGUCGAUCCCCGUACGACGGCGGCAGCAUGGAUGGGAGUCGUUGAGGUCCUUGCAGGACUUGCUCGUGGAUUCAAAGCAACUAUAUUCGAUGCAUAUGAGACGAUCGACACAGAGAAGCCUCAGAGAUACCCUGCUAUGAGUCUCGGAAGCAAUCCAAGUCGUAGUGAUGAAAGAUUUCAUCCACGACUAUGUGCACGAUUUCUGAAUCAAGUUCGGAAAGUGGCCUUUAUCUCGCUAUUGCUACCAAGUCUUUCCAACCAAGACUCACAAAUGAGAUGCUACGACAUCAAGGAGACCUCAGUUGUUAGGCUAGAGGCCCAGCUAUCAAAGGAGAGGGUAGUAUGA